AUGUGGUGGAUCUUGACUCAACAUUUUGGCCUGAGGGGAAGACAGGAACACCAUUCAAUGGAAGUCGAGAACUUCAGUUUUUGUGUGGACGACAGCGGCACAGAGUACGUCACAUUGAAAGAAAAUCCUACAAAGACGAGGCAGAGAGGACUGAACACAAAACAUCGUAGUGUUCUGCCAAAAAUGUUCGCUACUGGCGUUCAGAGAUGUCCUGUUGAGUUACUGAAGCAAUACCUUAGUAGGCGUCCUCAAGAGCUGCGCGACAAAGGUCCUUUUUACCUUACCAUAAUCGAAAAUCCCAAAACAAAUGUUUGGUACAAGAAGCAGCGGCUCGGCGUAAACAGCAUCGACAAUAUGAUGAAGAGCGUCGUCAAGAACACAGCUCUGGAAACAAGCAAGAAGAAAUUGACUAACCACAACGCAAGGAAGACAGUUGUGAAGAAACUCAGAGCAGCAAGCGUCGAGAGGCAGUCGAUAAUCCAGGUGACCGGCCACGCAAGUGAAAAGUCUCUUAACGACUACGAUGAAGGUAGCGAGAAGGAACAGCGACAGCUUUCAAACAUUAUCAGCAAUGCUCCACAGUCAGCAGCCUCCAGCAGUUUUCCUGGUCUACCAAUGUGGUCUUCUCCUGCAACGACUUCAACGUGUGAACAGGUGAAAACAAGCGGCCAUGCUUUCACUGUGAACAACUUUCACAACUGUCAAGUCACAUUUAACGUGAUUCAGGGGCAAUGCAGUUCCCCAAAGUCUACAAGUCAGAAUGUUAUUCCCUGA